AUGAUUGGACGCCCCGAGCUUAUCUUUAAAACCCUCCCGGCAGAUAUGCGAGGUGCGUGUCUGUGGCUGUCCCUCACCUAUUUGGCCACCAGCCUCGACGGGUUGGGGGCACCGGAAUACAACAACUCAACCAUUUUCGGCGGGGGUCUAUUUGUGGAUGCAGAAGUGCUGCUGAACCUGUCAGACCCGUACACGCCCAAUCGGACAAAUGUCUUCUCGCUGGACCUGGACGAGGACACGCUCGCGGACUGGCGUUCCAUGGCGGGUAAAAAGCGCUACGGGGGAGAGUCCCAUAACGGGACCGUGAAAUCCCUACUGGUGGUGGCUUACUCGUUCAUCAUUGUCAUCUCGCUGUUCGGAAACACGCUGGUGUGCCAUGUGGUGAUCAAGAACAAGCGGAUGCACUCCGCCACGAGCCUGUUCAUCAUCAACCUCGCGGUGGCAGACAUUCUCAUCACGCUGCUCAACAUGCCCUUUACUUUGGUGCGAGACCGACCGGGGACAUGACAACCUCGCUACUGUCUAUGGGCACAGGCACAACAAACAUCACUGUACACAGAUGACUACACACACACACACACUCACUCACUCACUCUCACUCACUCACUCACUCACUCACUCACUCACUCACACACUCUCUCUCUCUCUCUCUCUCUCUCUCUCUCUCUGUUGUUUUAAGAGCAUCUUUGAGAUUCUUACGGUAUAAUAAUUAAAUAUAUUAUUUUAACCUUUUUCACAAUGGUAGAUCAGUGACUAUCUCUUGAAGGGGAAGGACGGAUAGGUUUCAAAUAACUUUUAACCAAUUAUCCACAGGUGGUUUGGAUGAUGAGAGUGCUUGCAGUGAGUGUGAUAUGUCUGUGUGUGCUAAAUCGAUCUAUAACGCGCAUAUGGAUAGGAAAGCUCCAGCUUUUCAUCACUCCAUCAUGCCAGUAACAAACAACCUCGUCAACAUGCCUGUGUGGUCUCCGUCAGGUCCGCUUUGUGAACAGCAGCUGGUGGUUCGGGAAGGGUAUGUGCCACAUCAGCCGGUUCGUCCAGUACUGCUCCCUACACGUAUCCACACUCACACUCACGGCAAUCGCGCUGGACAGACGCCAGGUAGGUUAACAGUCAUGCAUAAAAUGGGUGAAUAUCGUGAAUGUCGUGUGUGUGCUUCAUCUAAUUAAAGUGUUGCAAUUUUCUUAGUCUAGUAAAAUAAAAUCUGUAAAGGAAAGCUGUAAGGAAAGUGGGGGCAGCGUCAGCUCUCGAAAGCGCGAGGGGGAGCUGUCCACGCGGCAGUGCUGAAAGUGCCUUAGCUCAAGAGGUUUCUCAAAUAGACUCGCUAAUUGUCAGCUUGUUACCAGGCUGAUAGUUUGAUACAGGCAACUAUUCUGUUGUUUUGUCCUCUUAGAAAUACAUUUUUAGGCAUAGGUCUAUUUCAAUGGAGCGUGACAGUAGAUGUAACAUUAAAUUAUUUGUUUAUUGUCAUAGUUUGAGGGACAAGGCAGCUUCCAAGCUAUAGAGACAAGUAUGUUAUUUUCUGGCAUCUGCUGUAGUCUAUCCUUUCAAUAGAAUGAAUAUUUGGUGGCAUUCACAUUCAGUUGUUUUUCAUACAGUUGUCUUGGAUAUGAGUCUACUAUGUAUUUAUGAGCUACAGAGCUCAAGCGGAGUUUGAGUACGAUUUUUAUCUCAAACCAAAAGUGUGGUUUGUAAGGGAGGAGUGUGUAACAGAUAAUAGCAGCAGGUGUGUGUAAUGGAGUGUGUGUCAUGGCCUGAUAAAAACACUGUGUGUGUGUGUGUGUGUGUGCAGGUCAUUCUCCACCCUCUGAGGCCCCGCAUGUCCCCAGCUCGCGGCGUUGUGUGUGUGAUUCUCAUCUGGGUCAUGGCCAGCUGCUUCUCCUUGCCUCAUGCCAUCUACCAGAAGCUCCUAACCUUCGUGUACAGGUACACGCACAUAAAUACACACACACACACACUUCACCUUUGUGUACAGGUACCCAUCCACCCACAUGCACACGCAUGCACACACACAAAUCGAUAAAACAAAUACUUCACGCACAGGUACCCACACACUAAAUCGAUAGAACAAACACCUCACCUUCGUGCACAGGUACCCACCCACACCCACACACACACAAACACGCACGCACGCACGCACGCACUCACUGCACGCACGCACUCACCACGCACGCACUCACGCACGCACGCACCACGCACGCACGCACGCACGCACGCACGCACGCACUCACGCACUCACUCACGCCGCACUCACGCACUCACUCACGCACUCACUCACCACACCACACACACACACACACACACACACACACACACACACACACACACACACACACACACACACACUAUAUCGAUCAACCAAACACUUCACCUUUGUGUACACAAUGCCCACCAGGUAUUAUUUUCUCACACUUCUCUCUUUCCUCCAGCCUCUCUCACUCUCGCUCUCUUGUUUUGGGGUUUCCAAUAUUCUUGCUGUUUCUCUUGUUGAUUUUUCACGAGUGUAUUCUUCCCUGUGUUAUACUCAUAGCUGGUUAUGGGCUCUCGCUCAUUCUCCUCUCUCUCCCUCCUUUCAAUCUCCUUCUCACACCCUCUCCCCUCCCCCCCCCCCCCCCCCCUCUCAGUAAAGAGAAGGUGCGCAGCCUUUGUGUCCCCGACUUCCCCGAGCCCUCUGACGUCUACUGGCAGUGCAUCGACCUCCUCACCUUCAUCCUCCUCUACGUCCUACCCCUCCUCAUCAUCACCGCUGCCUACUCAACCGUGGCACGCCGCCUGUGGCGACGUAACGCUAUCGGGGACACCACCACUGCGCAGUUCGCGGUGCAACGGCGGCAGCGUCGGCGCACCCUGGCUAUGUUGUUGGCGGUUGUUGGGGUGUUCGCGGUUUGCUGGUUCCCUCUGAACUGCUACGUGGUGCUUCUCUCCAGCCAGGCCAUUCAGUCAUCCAAUGCCUUGUAUUUCUGUUUUCAUUGGCUGGCGAUGAGCUCGACGUGUUACAAUCCCUUCAUCUACUGUUGUCUGAACCCUGCCUUCCGCCAGGAGCUAAAGCUGCUAUUGGGCAUGUGCUGGAGGAGGGGGCGUGGAGGGGUGGGGCCGGUGCUGGUGGCUCCGCCCUCCUGCGCACCCUGCCAGAGAGCCGCCUGGCCGGAGAGCCGCACCUGCUCUCGGCCGAGUCACGCCUCUUCACACCCGAGCCACGCCUCUUCUCGGCCAAGCCACUCCUCAUCCUUUCACCAGCCUCCUAAAGACAGGCAUGUCCUCUUCUCCGCUAGACAUGCCCAUAAAACAGACAUUCUAUCAGUGGAGCCCAUAGUAGCUGUCAGUUAA